CUUUAACGUAGUAGAUAAAACUAAAGUCUGACUUAAUUGUUUUACAACAUAUUUUAAUAAGAAACCAAUAGUAACAAUAUAAACUUUAUUGUCGCAGAUUGAAAAUCCUGCAUAAGAUUUAAAUGAACACAUAAUAACACAUUUUAUCUAUUUUUAUAGUUUAGAGGUUAUAAACUUUAAACUUAUUUUAAGAUUAGUGUGUUCUUAAAAUUACGAGAUAAUUGAAAUAAUAAAAAUAUCAAAAUUAAAAUGUCUACACGAUGGUAUCCUAUAUAUCAAAGAGGAAAUCCACAGCUUAGAAUUUUUUUACCAAACUUCUGGUUAAAAUUAGUUCCACCAGAAUAUAAGCAACCUAAGAAUAUAGUACAAUUUCAAUGUUCUAUGGAAAUGUCAAGAUAUGAUGUAGCAAAUUAUUUAAAAAAAAUUUAUAAUGUAAAACCUAUUGAAGUAAGAACAAGAAUAGCACUUGGAAAAAUUAAACAACUUCAUGGUAAUCAGUAUGUUAUUAAAGAUGAUGAUGUCAAGAUAGCUUAUGUUGUUCUGGAUAAAAAUCAAUCGUUUACAUUUCCUGAUCUUUUUCCAAAAGACGAAAGCAAAAAGGAACCAACUUUGGAUGACACUAAAAAAGAGUUUCAAUCAUAUUUAGCUGAUUGCAAAGAGCCAAAUACUCCUGGAUGGUUCAGAAUUUAGGUUUUAUAUUUUGAUUAUAUUUUAUACAUUAGUGUGUAAUCUAGAAAUAAAUACAAUGAAAUCAGUUUAGUCCUUAGUAACAUAAAAGAAUUGUCUAUUGAUAAUUAUUUUUUCAUUUUGUUUAAAGUAAGUAAUUCAAUGAAAAAAUAGAUUUCUAAUGUGAAGUAAUAUUGUACAAAUGCAUUCAUUGUAAUUGUCAUGAAAUCAUGUGCUUGAUAACAAAAAUGAAUUAAAUAAAAUACAGCAUUUUAUCUUUAAUUAAAUAUCCAGAUAUUUUACAGAACACAAAAUAUAUCUAUUACAGUGCCUGUCACAAAUA